AUGAGUGGGAGUGGUAUGAGAAAUAAUAUACAUUUUAUAUGUUUGAAGAUCCAUUGUAAAUGGUGUGGCAAAGUAGUUUCCAAGGACAGUGAGACUUUGGACAUCCCACAGGAUUCUGUGGUGAGUAAUAUUUAUUGCUCCACAACCCAAAAAGUCAGGUACUCUUUGGUUGGGAAGAAAAAAGGAUUAAUGCAUUGAAAUUGUAUAAUAUGCAUCUUUUUAAUUUGUCAGAAAACUGUGGAAAGAAUACUAACUUGGCAUAUAGAUUGGACUAAAAGGAUUCUGAAGAUUAAAGGGGCAGAGGUUAGUUUUGAAACUUUAAUAGAUUUUGUUUCUCCUGUAGGAGGGAAUAUGGAUUGCAAACAUUUCUCCAUCAUAAGACUUGACUGGUAAUCGUGCUUAUUCUUCAUCUGUGGUGGCAGCCUUUACAUUAACAUUGUCAUUUGUCAUUUCUUUGGAUAGAAGACACUUAAGUUUUAAAGCCUUUCUCAGAGUAAAUGUGUGAUGUUCUAGAGUGACACGAUGUUACACUGUUCAUCUUAGUUUACACAUAGGAGCAUCACUGGGUAGAAGAGGCAGUGUCAGAGAAAUUUGAGAAAUUACCAGUGGGAGUUGUUGUGAAUGUAGACUUUUGCAAAGUUCCUUUUUGUUGGGCAUGACAGAGUCCAUGGUCUGGGGGAAAGAGACUAUUCUUUCCAAUGUAAUAUCAUUUUAAUUUUUUACAUGGAGACAAUAGUUUCAAUGAAAGUUUGGCUUUGUUUGCUUGGUUGGCUUGCUAAGUCUUUGCCCUUUGUGGGAGCACUAGGUAUCUAGGUAGGCUGUCAGAGCUGUUAAAAUAUGGAAUGCUUAUCACCUUUGGAAAAAAGCCUUCUGGUCUAAACUCCUUACUUUGUUCCUUUCAUCAAAAUGAUCCACACUUGAAAUCACAUGUUCUUACCAGUAUUCCAAAGUAGACUAUAAUAUUCUCAGACAAUCCUUGAAUUGCUUUCGUUUAACAUUGUAGUUUUGUUGUCAAGAUUGUCAUUUGCUGUUGAACCUUGCAAAGCUACUGAAUUUCCUGUUGUCUUCAGAUAACUCUUCAGACAGUGCAAAGGUAUGUUGGCUUGAAUUUUCCUGCCUGUGCUUGGAAUACUUCAGUCAAUGAUAGACCCUAAGGGCUUGUUCUUUGCACAAGGUCUAACCCAAACCACAGUUUUACGCAAGUAGAGGGCCUUACAUAUUCUCUGUAAGAGGGUUGUUUUAAUGAAAUGAAUGCCCUUCCACUAUUAGCUUUCGGCCCUCUUGAAACUGUUUGCAAUAAUAAAUGCUCAGAUAAAAGACUCAGCUUAAUUCCAGAUAGUUUAGAAAGCAGUUUAGUUACAUGACAGUUAAACUUUGUUUAAAUAACAGGCCCUUAGGGUUUUCAUUAGUAGAUAUAGCAGGAGAAUUCCAAUACUUCACAGGAAAUAUUCCCCAUGUCUGAAAAAAAUAGUACUCAGAUCAUCUAGAUUUAGUCAGAGAUUUCUGAGUAGAAGCCACAGAAUUGUAUGGUGUAGCGAGAUAACUCUCAAAUUUAUGUCACCUUAUUAAUACCCAUCUCCCGAAAUGGUAGCAAAUUUAAACUUUAUCAUUGUGAUAAGGAAAGCAGCAAGCGGGAAAUUAAAGGAGGAAAUACAAGAUAAGAUUUCAAGCAUCUAAAAUAUCAUCUUCAAUUAAUGAAAAGUUGAAACUGUCAUAGUUUGACAAUUUUAUUUCCUUGAAUAAAGCAGCCAUGCCCUAAUAAGCUCCCACACUCUAACAAGCACCCACCCCCACCCCUCUUGGUCAUAAUAUCAAACCAAGUGCCUUUCUUGACCUCUUGAAAGAGUGCCCUCCUCCCUUCUUCUUCACUUUCAUAAAAUUAGGUUAAGAGGAAAACUUAUUCUUAAAAGUUUUUGAGCUUAAAACACAGUAGAAUAAGUGCAGGUCAAUAAAUUCUUUAAAAUGUUCUCCCUCCCUUAAGCGCCCUCCAUCUGAUAAGCGCCCUGUGUACAUAAGUUUUCAAGACCAAUUACUUUAAACACAAAUGUUUCCUGUUUAUUUUUCCACUUCCUCUCCAGCUGUAUUCUUUGGCCUCCCACUUCAGUCAAAUAAAUGGACACACAUCUCAGUCAGGAGAAGACGACAUCAUGUUACUUCAACAAGCUGUAUCUGUUGUUCACUCUCUCCAUGUGCUAACAAAGUAGGCAUUGUACUGAAUGAUUAACAUAGCAGUUGUAUCUUCUGUACCUCUCCAGACUUUUUCCAGACAGAAAUGCAAGAGAGGACACAUUGUGACGAGGCUAGAUGAAACUGUACAUGUAGCAAUAUUUCCCAUUCUAAUUCACAACGAUAGGGGUUUAAUUUUCUUCAACUGUUUCUAGAAACAUGCCGGAUUUGCAAAUUCAAGGACCAGAUGGCAAAAGCGUCACAUUGGACACUGUUUGUGACGUGUUAAACCAUUUUUCUCCACGUUUGAUGUCAAGCUCUUCCCCAAGGUCUGCAUCAAAAACAAAACAGAAGAGGAUAAAAGCGAAAAGGUUAAACGACGAUCUUAACAUCACCAAGAAAUUAGAUUCCUCGAUGACUGAGCUUAAAACGAAUUCUACAAAGAAGAAAAAGAUGGGAGUGGCUUCUGAACCUCAUGUUAAUGGAAAUCACAUCAGCGAUGAUGAAGGUGCGGUUGAGGAUGAUCAUGCCAAGGAAACAUUAGAGGUGUGUUAGAGGUAUAUAUUUCUGGUAGAGAAAAAGCUGGCGUCAGCAAAGCGAGCGGAGGGGGUGAUUUUAUGAAAGGUUUUAAAAUCACUGGCGUGUUGUACAUUUAUUUCAUAGGAACUUCUUAUCAGUCUAUUGACUUAAAAAAAAAAUGGACAGUUUCAUUUUGACAACUACCUGUCACUUUACGUCAAGGUAAUGCUUAAAAGUUAGGAGGAAGACAGUCUUGGAUCACGGAGAGUUUCACGUACGUAGUCGCGUCUGGUGUUCGGUCUGCUACUCGAUACUCGAUUUUCAACCGAGAAUUUUAAGUUUCAUUACGUUUUCUUUCAGGGCUCAGCAAAAAGAAAGCAUCUUAUUGUAUCCGGAAAGAGGAAGAAAGGUACAGCUGGGAAAGUGAAACUCGGGAAAAAGAGGAGGUGA